AUGACGAAUAAGUCAUCUACCACUACAACACUGAAGUCUUUAGGUAAAGUUCCAGGCUUCACAACGAAGUAUCUUGAGCUAGAAGACAAUCCAGGAGCUAGUUCCCAAUACUUUGAGCUCAACUCAACUUCACAUCGAGGGUUAUCGCGCUUAAAAGUGGUGCCAUACCCAAGCCAAGGCCACAUCAACCCUCUUCUCCAAUUCGCCAAGCAUAUAGCAUCUAAAGGUGUGAAGGCAACACUAGCCACCACGCGUUACACCGUCGGUUCCAUAUGUGCACCGCAAAUCGGUGUCGAGACUAUAUCCGAUGGGUUCGAAGAAGGCGGCUAUUCGCAAGCUAGAAACAUCGAGUUUUACCUUAAGUCGUUCAGGGAACAAGGAUCUCGAACCCUGAUUCAGCUCAUCCACAAGUUUAAACACGCCCCACGGUACUUUUGGUAUGAUCAUUCCUGCUGUGGGCUCUUGAUCGACGCCAAGAAAACCGUUGACCUUAAACCAGAUUGGUCCAAAGGUUGCAGCAGACUGGACGCAGCUCACCUCGGUUUGCACCAAUACCAAGAAGCUAUUUCGGCUUACAAGAAGGGCCUGAAGAUCGAUCCUACUAAUGAAGUAUUUAAAACCGGCGUUGCUAAUGAGAUCAACCAGCAGCCAAGUUGCACUGUUCUUGUCGUCGACGAGGCUCAUAUGUACGAGCUUUCAGGCCUAUCGCCGGAUGCAACGAAGAACACCUUGAACCUCCAGGUUGUGCUUGAAUAUUACGAUGAAAUUGAAGCUGAGGCGUCCACUUUCCUGCUUCAUCUCGUGGAGAAGGAGGAGAAUUAA